AUGGCGAUUCACGCGAGGGUCGUACUUUCGGAACUCGAGCUUUAUGUUAUUGCUCUGAAGCCUCUUUGUCUUUUUCACCACGUAGAAAAACCCAGUCCCGGCAGCCGAGACAAGCCUCACCAGCAUAGCACCAGCCUUCUUCUUUUCACCCAUUUUAUUUUACCUAAUAAAAAGCAGCAGCAGAGCCACGCCAAGCCAUCGCCGUGCAUACCGCCAGAUCGAGAGUUCCCGUCGUACGUCACAGCCCUUCGCCGGCCUUUUUCCCUUCAGCGACGAUUGUCGCGUGUAGCCAAGCAGCACACGUAUCGUCGCUGA